AUGAACGUGCAGAAAGAUGCAUGCGAGGUUACAGCUUCUUCAAUUGGUUUACCUGCCAAUUGCACACUAGAGAACGUGAAGCUUUUUGAUCAUCUAACUCCGCAGGUUCAACAACUCCUGGCGGAUACGAAAAAAUUUCAAACUCGUAAUGGCUUCAGGUUUUGUUGGUGUAAGAACUUCACCAUCUAUCUACAGCAAACCGAAGACUCCCGCCCUAUCCAGUUCAAAAUCCUUGACAAACUUGAAAGGUUUGCUCGGCAAGAGAGCUUACCUUUAAGCUAAGUACUCUGAAUUUGUAACUUAGUCUGUAAUUUAAUUUACUUCUUCUAUGAUGGCUGACAACACACCCUUGCAAUCUUUCCUUCCUUUUAAUCACUUGGAUGAUAGUUCCUUUAAUUUAGCAGUUUGUGAAUUUUCUCAAGGCCCCUUGAGUUACGAUGCCGACCGUCUUGAAACAUUAUUAUUUAAUCCUGUUGAAAAGCCUGAAUCAUUUAAUCCGCUUUCUAGUCAUCUGAAUCCCGACUCUAACUUUAUCACUCGCCUGCCCAAUAGUGGCUACAUGGUUGAGGAAGAUCUGAAAAAUCGAGUAACUUCUUUUGGCGACAAAACAAACUUUCCUAUUAUACAUUUCAACACUCGAAGCUUAAUGAGAAAUUUCGAUCAACUUAAUUUAUUGCUGAGAAUUCUUAAUAUGCCGUUCUCUGUGAUUGGUGUGUCAAAAACUUGGCUAACUGAUUGCGCUGCAGAGCACGUAAAUAUCAGGGGAUAUAAUUUUGUCUCCAACCAUCGUAAAUGAAAAACAGGCAGCGGAGUUGGAAUUUAUUUACAAAACAGCCUUGAAUACAAACUUCUCAAAGAAUGCAAAUUUUCAGAUCCAGAUGUAAUUGAGUCACUUUUCUUGGAAAUUUCCACAGAAAAAAUAUUAUUGUUGGUUGCGUGUACAGACCACCAAAUCAAAAUGCUGCUAUGUUUAUUGACAAAUUCAACAAUAUUCUCUCACUAAUUUCUAAAGGCAAUAAACAUUGUUAUGUGAUGGGAGACUUAAACCUAGACCUUCUCCAAUACAAUCAUCAUGUUCCAACACAGUAAUUUAUUGACAGCUUAUUUUCACACGCCUUUCUUCCUCUCAUCUCCAAUCCAACACGCCUCACCUCAUACUCUGCGACGCUAAUUGACAACAUAUUCACCCACAACCUUGCCCCUUGUGUUUUUAGCGGCAUUAUUCUAAAUGAUUUAUCUGACCACUUACCAGUUUUUGCAUAUUUUGACAACGCAACUCUAACGCGCAGCACAGAAAGAAAAAUUGUGAUGCGCACAUUCAAUGACGAUAAUUUGCAUAAAUUCAACGAGAACCUUUCAAACGCAAAAUGGUCCUUAUUUCGCCACAUGGAAGAUCCCAAUGAAGCCUAUAAUGAUUUUAUUGAAGGAUACUCCAGAAUCUAUAACACCUGUUUCCCUUUAAAGGUUCUCAAAGGUAAGCAGGUAAACAAGUUCUUUUCUCCAUGGCUUAGCCGUGGACUUCUGAAAUCCGUUAACAAGAAGAACAGACUCUACAAAAAGUUUGUCACUUUCGUCUUCCACAUCUUCUGA